GCUAGCGUCACACUGACUCCGCGUGUUGAUGCUGAAGAGAGGAUCGAGGAGAAACAAGUUUUUCCGCAUCGCAGAGCCCCAAACUCAGGCCGAACCCACAGAAAAAUGGACAUGAAGAAGAGGGUCUCGUUAGAACUGAGGCACCGGUCGCCCACGGAGGUCCAGGAGCUGGUUCUGGAUAACUGUCGCUCCAGUGAAGGAAAGAUUGAAGGAAUCACAGAAGAGUUCUCAAACCUGGAGCUGCUCAGCCUCAUCAACGUCGGCCUGACCAGCGUAGCAGACGUCCCCAAACUGGACAAACUCAAAAAGUUGGAGUUGAGUGACAACAGGAUAUCUGGAGGUCUGGAGGUCCUGGCGGAGCGACUGGUCAACCUAACGCACCUUAACCUGAGCGGCAACAAGUUCAAAGACAUCAGCACUCUGGAGCCGCUGAAAAAGUUGCCCCAGCUGAAGAGCCUGGACCUGUUUAACUGCGAGGUGACCAACCUGGCCGACUACAGGGAGUCCAUCUUCAAGCUGCUGCCUCAGCUGACCUACCUGGACGGAUACGACAUCGACGACUGCGAGGCCUCCGACUCCGACGGCGAAGUGGACGGAGUCGAGGACGAAGAUGAAGAGGGAGAAUCUGAGGACUUUGAGGAGGAAGAGGAGGAUGAUGAAGAUGUAGUGGCUGAGGAUGAUGAUGAAGAUGACGACAGUGGAGACGAUGAGGGAGGAGAGGUGAAUGGAGACUUGGACAGUGAGGAUGACGAUGAGGAUGAGGAAGAUGAGGAGGAUGAUGACGAGGAUUCGUCUCCGGCCAAAGGAGAGAAGAGGAAGAGGGACCCCGAGGAUGAGGAUGAUGACGAUGAUGAUUAAAGACCCUCUUGAACCCCUCCGACCUCUCGCCCAACCUCCCACCAACGCUCGUCCCCCUCCUCCUCCACUCGGUCGACUCCUGGGCUGCAUCCCUUUUCUGAAGCUGGUCUCAUCCCAGUGCAGACCUGAACAACUUCCGUUAACUUCUAAAUUACUGUGCUAAUCGUUCAGUGCGUCAUAUUUCAUCAUCUUGAUCCAAAACUUGCUCCCAUUGAUUGUCCUCAUCACAACAGCUAAAGUAUCCCAAAAAUGCAACAAAACCUGUUAGGAGUACGACAGUUUACAGCGUCCUCUUACACUUUAAAGUCCCCCUCACAUCACAAGCAGACUACUGCUUUUUGGCUUCUGUUUGUGUGUGAACUCAGGAAUGAAACGCAACGAGGUGAUGUUAAACAAACAAAAAAGCAGAUUUUGAGCAAAGUUUUAAGCCCAGAAAUAGGCAAAGCAAAGUCUCACUUAGGAGAUAAAAACAGUUUUUUUUUUUUUUGUAUCUUUUUGUGAUUUUCAGGAUUAAAAGUCAUUAAGCCAUGUCACUCUGUAAAAAGAAAACAUGAUGGUAAUUUGAUCAACAUGAAAUCUUUCUUUUUGUUAGAAUGAAAUGCAUCACCAGUCAUAAGAAGCUCAAAAUGUGUCACAGAGGCGAGUACAGGUUAGAAAUGAGAUUUUUAUUUUACAAUCGAAACACAAACCUCAGAAAUAGCAAACCAUCAUGUUCCCGAGAAAAGUUUGUUGUAAGUGAAUUCGGUGUUAGAAUUUUUUUUAUUUUUUUCGUGUGGGUUUCAUGUUACAAUUUUUUGCAUGAGAAGAAAACGUCCCAAGAGCUAAAACCAAGAAAAAUACACAAAGGUGGCAUCUGUAAAUGGAAAUAACGAAAGAUAACCAAACCUAUGAUUCCUUUUUUCCCAUCCACCUUUUGUUUUUUCCUCCAUUCCAUCUUCCCUAACGUCCCUCUCUGACAUCAUCACUGAUGUCAUUCAAGCGAGCAGCCGAGAUCCACUCCUAAACAUCCCAAAACACCCCCCCCCCCCCCCCCAUGGCCGAGUGCGCUCAGGGCAAACUGUGUUCUCUCUUUUUUGCCAACAGAGCUUUUUAAAAGAAAUAUUUUUUCAGAGAAAUUGUUUUUUGUUUAAUUUUGUAUGGUUGUCUGGGACACGCUCUCUCUUUACCUUUCCCUCUGCCUCCCUCUUUGUCUCUGCCUCUUUUCAUUUCUUCCUGCUCAGAGAGAUCAUGUUGUUCCUUCACACUUACACUGACUAGUUGAGUUUGUGUUUUCUUUUUUUUUUACUUUCUGUAAGUUAAAUGAAAAACAAACAAAAAAAAACAUACAAAAAAGGACUUUGUAAAUAAAAUCUUAACAUUUUGCUCCUGG